UUGCCCAUUCUCGACGGAAGGACGCUCGCGGUAAGGUGUGGCUGCGCUCAGGCUGAGCUGAGGCUGAGGUUCUCUCGAUCGCGGGUACCACGGGGCUUUGCUUUGAGUGCUCGGCGGGUAAGCGGACGAGGAAGAACGAGAACGAGAACGAUAGAUAGCAAGCAAACGGUCUAUGUGCGAUAAGUUUUUUUUUACAUAAAAAGAGACAUUGCCGUUUUAAAAGACAUUUAAUUAUCAUCCACAUCCACUAUCAUCACAUCGCUUCUGUAUCCUCAGAACUCGUAUCGGUUGUGUUCGUUUUCGUUAGUUUUGUUCGUCGUUCCUUAGUUUCUCGGUUGAUCUCCACUGUACUGUUACUCUGUUGAUCACUCGUUCGUUAUGUUUAUGAAGAUCUACACAUGACAUAUACAUAUAUUGUUGCCAUUACUAUUACUAUUAUUUUUAAAUAACAACAAUAAUAAUAAUAAUAAUAAUAAUAACUACGACGAUAAUUGUGCGAUAACGUUGCGGUAGACAGUGAAAUAUUUAACAGUGAGUUGACGACAUUUAUUGUAUCAAGUGUAAAACUACUCUUACUAAAUAUUUAAAUUAUUUAUUUAUCCAAGUACUUUAUUUCACUAGACUCAGUUUAUUUAAGUGAUUAAUUUUGACAGAUAGUGGAAAAUAUUUUUAUUAAUUUUACAGACGAUAAAAGUGGAUGUAAUUUAUUAUAAAAAAAAUAUUUAACCGAGUGACAGGAAGUUGGAUAAUCGAGAAGACGGAAUAUUUAAAAAAUUAAUAUAAAACAGAGGGAGUAAGAGAGCAGUGAUUCCGGCGUACGCGCAGCAUCCCCGUGAGAUCAGAGCACGAGUACUUGGAACUGUACCGGAAAAAAGGUAUCCAGGUACAGCAGGGAUGGAGACGAUGCUCGGUCACGGUUUGCCGGAUACACUCAAGAUAAAACGUCUUGUCACGGUUUAAAGUGACGUAGGGAUGACUUGGUACACCAAAGAGACCGGUUGACGUGUAUAUAUAUAUAUAAAAAUAUAUAUAAGUAUAUUUUAUAUACGUGGUAGAUAUUUUGUUUUUGUGUAGGUACUGAUUUAUGUAAAGUGUCAUGGUGGCGACAUGUGUGCAUGUGUGCGUUUAAGUUUAAGUAAACAACAUUCCAGUGGACCGGAAAUGAAUUUAUAUCGGUAUUGCUGUUUAAAUUAACAGUGGGAUCGAUAAUCGUGAGGUGACGAGCAUCAGAAGACUGCAUAAGGCAACUGCUGUUGAGUAUUUUUUUUUUACCCGGUUCAAAUUAGCACACAACGCUGCUGGUUUAUGUAACAAUAAAACAUUUACGCUGGGUCAAGAGAUCAAAUGGGUGCUCUCGUGAUUUUUAUAUCCAAGUGCCAUUGAGACUGGGACUAUUAUUUAUUAUUUUAAAUGUAUGUCAAUACUGUCAGCUAGAUCUUGUGCCAUAUUUGAUUUUUUUUUGUUGCUGCUGGUGAUAAUAAUAAAUUGGUGUAGAAGUUGAGAUUGUAAAUCUGAAUAGUAAUCGAGGAAUUGAAAAUGCCGGGCGAAGGAAUGGUUGAAGAGGAGGGAUUCGUUGGGCCUGAGUGGCUUUUCAGAGAACUCAGGUCACAAGGUGGACCCGACAGGCUUCUUAUUUUGGACUGCCGUGCACACUCAGACUUCUUGGAAGCUCACAUCAGGAACUCGGUACCAUUGGCCAUACCCAGCAUCAUGCUGAGAAGGUUAGCCGCGGGUAAAGUUGAUCUACUGGCUACCAUCAGGUGUCUUGAGCUGAGAAAUCGAGUCGAGGUUUUUUUGUACGGCGACGACGACAGCAGAGGUACAUUUGUCCUGAUUGGCGAUUCGACAGACCCAGCUGGACACCAGGGAGAGACAAUACAGGUCUUGAGCCGUAGAUUGAAAAACUCGGGUGGUUAUGUUGCAACUCUUAUUGGCGGAUUUGGGACAUUCAGAGAUCGAUAUCCAGAGUGGUGCGAAGGUAGCCAAGCAAAUGCUGAAGGACAACCAGGCCAGGAGAACAAUGUAGGCGAGCUAAUGGGUCUUAGGACUUUACGAAUUUCUACACCGCCCACAAGAGCUUACUCAGACUCUGACAGUGAUAGCACCUGCGAUUCCGUUGUAGGUCCAGAAGAAGACAAAGACUUUCCAGUUGAAAUUUUACCUCACCUAUAUCUUGGUAAUGCGGCAAACAGUGAAGACCAUGACGCUUUAUCCCGUCAUAGAAUACAGUAUAUACUUAAUGUCACUGCAGACUUACCAAAUGUCUUUGAGGACGCAGGAUUUAUAAAAUACAUGCAGAUACCUAUCAAUGACCACCAUAGUCAAAAUUUAGCGAGUUUUUUUCCUCAGGCCAUUCAAUUUAUCGAGGAAGCGCGCAGCUCGGACAAAGGCGUUCUAGUUCAUUGCUUAGCUGGUGUAUCAAGAUCCGUUACGAUAACGAUUGCUUAUCUGAUGCACAAGUGUAAUCUAACUCUCAAUGACGCAUUCAAUCUUGUGAGAAAUAAAAAGACAAACGUGGCACCGAACUUCAAUUUCAUGGAGCAGUUGUUUAGGUUCGAGAUCGAGUUGCGUGAUCGAGGUGAUCGGAAACGCAACAACCGUUGCAUCGGCGCUUGUCAACCUGGUGGACCAUGCAAUUGUCCUGCUCCGAGUUUUCUCAGUCCCGUUGACUUGGGCCCGAGUCCCGACUCGGGCAUUGAAUUUGACAAAUGGGCCGCGAGCACUCCAGCAGAAUGAGACGGGCCAGGGGGGACCCAAUACAAUUUUUAGGUCCCUCCCUAUUUUUUAUAAUUAUAUUUCCACUCAUUAGCUAGGAGAAGUUUUAAAAAACCUAGUAGUUAAAAAAAAAGAAGAAAUAAUAAUAAUAAUAACGUAGAUAUUUAAAUUAUUUUGUUUAACUUUACUGUGAAAUAGUUUUAUCUACGUUAUGAAUUUUUUUUUAUUUUUUUUUCUUGUUUUUUAAUGUCGUAUGACGCGACACUGAUAAAUAAAAUAUAAUGGUCACAACGAAUUAACGUCAGUGGUUGUGACUUUCUGGGAGAGAGGAGAUUUAACGACUGUUGAUGAUAUAUUGAUGAUGAUUUUGUUCGCUGGUCGAACGGGCCAGAUUACAGAAAACAUUAAAAACUAUGAUAGAUAUCAAUAAAAUAUUUAUGAGAAAUAAAUUUUGAAUAAAAAUAUAAAUCUAACUACUUAUCAGUUUAAUAAAAAACACUAUCAAAGCAUUAAAAUUUUUGCUUGUUAUUAUUGUGGUGAUCUUUAGCCCGCUUAAUAUUUUAAAUCAUCAACUAUUCCGACGUAGGAUUUUACAAUUUUAUCCCGCAGGCUGGGAAAUUGUAAAUUAUUAUUAAUAUUAUGUACAUCUUACCACAUUGUAUGUAAACAUUUAAACUAAUUGUCAAACUAUAUAUGUAUAUAUAUAUUUAUAUUUAUAUUAGACCUUGUCGAAUAAAAUCUAUUUUUUUUCGGUCCCACACGAAAAUUACGUUGAAUGUAACGUAAAAAAAUUGGGUGGCAAGAGGUCUUGCAAUUAAAUUACAAAGCGCGCGCUCGCUUAAAUCAGUUCCCAUUUUAAAAAACAUGGGAAAUUCUUUAACUUUGAAAUUUUAUAACUCGUUAAUGGAUUGAUAAAUUGAAACAACCAUAGCAUAUUUUUGUAGGGAAUCAAAUGCUCUACAAAAAAGGUCUCUUAUAAUUUUUUGAUAAAUCCAACCGUUCAAAAGUUACUUUUUUUAAGAAAAUUUCAGUUCUUUUUCCAAAUAAUUAAUUUGUAAAACCUGUAGUUAUUUAACUAUGAGAGUAAAAAAUUAUUGAUUAACAUAUUUUAAUCGUAAAGAAAGUGAUCUACAAGAAAGGUCCUAAGACGUUUUGCGAUAAGACUGAUAGUUUUGAUAGAAAAGUAAAAAAACGGUAAAUUUACCAUAAAUUUGAAUUUAAGCUUAAAUAACUUUUGAACGGUUAGAUUUAUCAAAAAAUUAUAAGAGACCUUUUUUGUAGAGCAUUCAAUUCUCUACAAAAAUAUAUUAUGGUCGAUUCAAUUUAUCAAUCCAUUAACGAGUUAUAAAAUUUCAAAGUAAAAAAAAAAUUUUUCUACGUUAUUUAAGCGAGCGCGCAUUUUGUAAUUGAAUCAGAAUCCAACUUGCCACGCAAUUUUUUUUCUGUUACAUUCAGCGUAAUUUUCAUAUGAAACCAAAAAAAAAUCGAUUUCAUUCGAUAGUCUAAUGUAUAUACAUAUAUUUUUUUUUUAUUGUAACAAGCGGUUACGGUCACUCGCGGUUUUGUAUAGCUCUUAUAUCAAACACCCGAUGACUUAGGGAGAGAGUAGAUAUGACUGUUGACAUUCUACGUAAAAAAUAUUUAAAAAAAAAACAUUCAAAUCUCAAGUUGUUAUAGAUAUCUACCGACACUUUACUAUAAUAUUAAUAAUAAUACUAAUAAUAAUAAUAGUAUAAAUACAUAUAAUAUAAUAUAAUAUUAUUUUUAAAAUUUGUCUUGCACAGAUUAGCUCGGUACAUUUGAAAGUAUUUUGUAAGAGAAAGAACUUAUGUAUAAUUUAUUUUUAUUUUAUAUUAUUUUUUUUUAUAUAAAGAAAAUUGGAUCUAAUAAAUUAGUGUCAUAUAUAGUUUUAAGCAAAAAAAAAAAUUAUACUAAAUUUAAAUAAUAAAAAUAAAAAAAAUCUCACGUAAAAAAUUGAUUUUUCAAUUUUAAAUAAAACUUCGAUACGUACAAUUACUAAAAAUAAUAAAAUAAAUAUGGAUUUAAAUAAUUGCAUCGUUGUUGCAAUAUUUAUACAUAUUUUGUUACAAUAUAAUUUUUUACCUGAUUAGUAUCGUCAAAUUUAGAAAAAAAAAAAGUAUAUUAUAUAUUUUAAUAUUUCUUCCCUCCCUAAAAACCGUCGAUUAUCGAGGCUGUGUUUAAUUUUUUUCUGGAUACGGUAAAACUUUUAUGAUAAAAUUUAAAAUUUAAAUAAACACAUUUUAACACGUAUAGAAAUCGCCUCAAAAAUAAAAAAAAAAGUCUAUAAGUAAAAAAAUAUAUUUCUUGAAGAUAAAAUAAAAAUUUAUAUAAAUCCACGCAAUGUUCGACUUGUUAAGUAAAUUAUUAACCGUAGAUUAUAAUGUGAUUUUAAUAACUUAAGAAUUUUUAACAAACAAAAUUAAUACACAGAAAAAAAAAAUUUUUUCCUCGUCCUAAGAAAAAUUUUUACAGGCCCUAAGAAAUUUUUUGCAUCACAAAUUGAAAUCGAAAAUUUUCUUGGGACUAAAAAAAAUUUUCUUGAGCCAACCCUGGUAGGAAUUUUUCGGAAUUUUCUCUGAAAAACUCAGUUCUAAAGUUCUAAAGACUUUUUCAUAGUUUUUCAGAGAAAGAAUUUUUUGCGUUAAGAAAUUUUUUGAUUUCAUUUCGUAAUGAAAAAUUUUUCUUGCGCCAAGAAAUAAUUUUUUUCUGUGUACAUGUACACACUGACAAGGACACACUAAAGUGACUUAUCUAUAGUUUAAUUAAUAAAUAAAUAAAAUUAUAAAGGUAAUUAAAUGUGUCUUCUACACUUUCUGGCUUCCGGAUUGUAACAAAAGUACAGAUAUGCUCACCGAGCUUGAUACAAGUCCCUUUACAUUAAUUAUUAUAAUGAAUAUAUUUAAUAAUAAUAUAUAAUAAAAUAUAUGUAUAUUAGACCGGUGCAUUUUUAAAAACAGGGCAUUCCUCAUUAAUUUGAUUUGAAAAAAUAUAAUAAAUUUAAAGGAUUUAUAAGAAAUAUUAAAUCAUGUAAUUUCUUCUAUAUAUUAUAUAUAUGAAUAUUUGUAACAAGCACAGAAUGUUUGUUAAUUGUUCAAGUUGGGAUAUUUCGGCAGUAUCUCGUGAAAUCUGGAAGAUAAUAAUUAAUAUAAAAAUAUUUAAGACUUUUUCCUUGAUAAUGAGAAACCAAAAGCGAAUUCGCAAAACGGAAAGUGAAUGAAAUUUUUUUUUUUAUUUAAAUUUUCUGUAAUUUUUAUUAUCUGACAGAUCUCAGAGAUAGAAAGUUUAUUUUUAUAAAUAAAAUGAUGAAAAAAAUGUUGAAAAAAAAAAAAAAGAAACGGAAGGAAAUGAAAAUUUAAAUGUAAAAUAAAAGUAACAUUCCAGUUAAAAAAGUUACAUACUGAUAAUUGUAAUCAGUUCAAUACUUGACCGAAACUUGAGUUUUCUGAACAUUUAUAAAUAAUUUAUUUUUAUUAAUCGUCCAAUCUAUCAUCUGAUAAGAGCCACCAUAGUAUUUGUGUACCUAAAUGUUUGUAGGUUCGGCUAAUCAACGGUAGGUGUCACUACUAGUUAGCCGCCUCUCACAAGUGCUCUGACUUUUAUUUAAAUUUAUAACAUUUCCAAAUAUCCUUACACUGUAAAAAAUCAGGAGUGAGUACGGAUUUUAUUUCAAUUCUAAUUCACUUCCUCACUCGGAGUUCCGGAGUUUAAAAAAAAAAAUCACUCCGCAUACGAACUGAAUGGGGAGAGAUUGCGGAGUGACGUAGAUUUCAUUUCAAUCUGCAUUCACUUCGGUCUGGAGUUUUAAUACUUAAAUAAAUUUAUAUUUAAUAGAAACAGCUGUUAAUUACACUGAGAAAAAACUACUUUUUCUCUUCUCCGGGCGAAAAGCGUCAACUUUUGUCCCGCUGUGCGAAACGAAGUUGCCGCUUUCCACCUCCGUCGAGGAGAAAAAUAGUAUUGACACCUUGGGCAGUAAAUAAGAAAGCCUCAGAUCACAUGUUAGUUGACAUUUCUUACUUUACUGCCCUCGGUGUAAAAUAUACUAUUAUUAAGAAUAUUUGAUACAAGAACAUAUAUUCUUGAUAAUUUUCAAGAAUAUAUAAUUUUGUCUCAAGAAUUCGUAGAAUUGAUGGAAAUAAUUUUUAUUUAAUUCAAGUAAAGCUAUUCUUUUGUUUACUCAUAAUAUAAUAUCAAAUUCAUAUAAUAACAAAAUUAAAUAUGAUGCUCUUUUCUCAAGAAAUUGAUAAUUAAUAAUAAUAAAGUAAAUAUUUUGAACGGAUUUCUUGAACCAAGAAAUUCUUGUUUGGACAAUAUUAUUUUAUUUUCUCAGUGUAGAAACAUAAUUAUUCCAACAAAUAAUUCAUUCAGAUAUUAAUGAUUAAACUCAAAAUAUUAUGUUUUUAAUUUACAAAAUGUUUUAGUAACUUAUUAAAUAAUAAUUUCGUAUAUAUGAUACAUAAUAAAAAUAUUAAGUUAUUGAAUAGCUGUACAUUGAGAAAAAAAAACUUUUUUCAAGUAUCUGCGUGUUUGUAUCCUCCUGACUAAAUAUUUGUUGAAUCAUAGUAAAAAUAUAUUCCGACCGAGCAAUAUUUUCUUGAUUUGAGAAUUUGUAUACUUAUUCCAUGUAACUAUUCUUAAUUGGAGUACAUUUUUACUAAGAUUAAACAAAUAAUUUUUUUGGAGGGAUACAAACACGCAGAUACUUGAAAACAGUUUUUUUUUUCUUUUUUCAGUGUAGUGGCAUAGUUUUUAUGGGAAUAUUUGAUAUUUCGGUACAAUAUGAAAUGUUAUCUCGUGGUAUGAUUGAUGUAAAUUGUACGACAGUUUGUGACUCAGUGUAAUUAUAUUUUUUCAAGUUUUAUUAUCAGCUGCUUAUAAUUUUUAAAAAUCAUUUCGCGUGAAUAUAUGAAAAGGGAGCUCGUAAUUAUUUCCGUACUCAAUAUAAAUGUCAAAAUAUCAAAGACCUAAGCUCACUAUGGAUUAGUAAUUUUUUUUAUAAUUAAUAUUUUCCGAAACUCCCCUUCGGAGUGAAAUUCACUUCAAGGGAAUUAAAUAAAUAAAAAAUCAUCCACGUUAACUCCGAAUUCACUCCUCAAAUUUUUUACAGUGUAUUCAGGCGAAAUGUAAACCGGGUGCGCAUUAUAAUUAAAUGUUGUAAUCGUUUACUUAUAAAUAUAUGUAAUUUUAUUUCGGGUAUCGUGGAAGAUAAAUAGGCUCUGGAAUUUAAAUGAUUAUGGGUCGCGGAAGUGUAAGUUAAUCUUCUUACAUUUAUUACACCGUAAUAAUCAGUGUGUAUUAUUUUUUUAAAAAAAUAGAAUAGCCGUUCAUAAUAAAUAAUAAUAAUAAUAAUAAAUAAUAUAAAUGUGUAAUAAACUUGAAUGUUAUUUUGUCAUGUAACUAUCCGCGAAUUAAAGCUAACCCAGCCUUGUAAUUUCAAAUUUAAAAUGAUAAUGAAUAUUAUAUAGAUAAUUAUAAUUGAAUAAAUACAUUUAAAAAAAUAUAUAUGUAUAUAUACAUAUAUAUUUGACGUUAAUAUGUAAUAACAAUAUUCUACUACUACACUGUUGUCUGUUGUACGUUUUACGGGUGUAAUUAUCCGAUGAUAUGAAAUUAAUCAGAUAUUAUAUUUGAAAA